AUGCAGAGAUACGUCCUUGCUAUGAAUCCCUUAGUUAUCUAUGGCGUUCCCUUUCUUCUAUUUGUAUUACUCUUUCUCCCCAAAUGGCUCUCCAUAACCCCUCCUAAAAACGUGCCGCCUUCACCGCCAAAGCUUCCACUCCUUGGGAACCUCCACCAACUAGGUUUGUAUCCUCAUCGCUCCCUUUCUGCACUGGCUCAACGCCAUGGCCCGCUCAUGCUGCUUCACAUCGGCCGUCGGCGUGCGCUAAUCGCGUCGUCUGCAGACACUGCUCGCGAGAUCAUGAAAACCCAUGAUUUCAUCUUCUCCAACAGACCAAAACUAAGCAUAUCCGACAGACUUCUCUAUGAUGGUAAGGAUGUGUCAACAGCUCCGUAUGGGGAGUAUUGGAGACAGCUGAGAAGCAUUUGCGUGCUCCAGCUUUUAAGCAACAAGAGGGUUCAGUCUUUUCGAGCUGUAAGGGAAGAAGCAGUAGCCUUUUUCCUGGAGAAGAUCAGAGAUGAUCAGUGCUGUUCGUUGUCAUUGCCGGUAAAUUUAGGCGAGAUGUUUGCAUCGCUAACCAAUGAUAUCAUUUGCAGAGUGGCUUUUGGGAAGAAGUAUAAUGCAGGUGAUCAAGAUGGGAAGAAGUUUGGAAAGUUGUUGGGAGAGCUUAUGAAACUGUUGGGUACUUUCAAUGUGGGGGACUACAUUCCAUGGCUUACAUGGGUAAACCGCAUCAAUGGUAUUGAUGCUCGAGUGGAGAAAGUCUACAAAGAGUUUGAUCAGUUUUUGGAUGGCAUACUUGAACAGCACAAAAGACAGAGCAGAAAUGGGGACGGAAGUACUGUUCUAGGUGAAGAUAGAAAAGAUCUGGUGGACGUUUUGCUCGAGAUUCAAAAGGACAACGCUGCUGGCCGUGCGCCCGCCUUGGACGAAGAAAGCAUCAAAGCACUAAUCUUGAAUAUGUUUGCUGCUGGAACUGAUACUACUUACACAGUCCUAGAGUGGGCAAUGUCAGAACUCUUAAGGCACCCUAGAGUCAUGAAGAAACUGCAAGAUGAGGUAAGGGGGAUUUCCCAAGCAAAAACCAGCAUAAACGAGAAAGACAUAGAGAAAAUGCAGUACUUGAAAGCAGUGACCAAAGAGACCCUUCGGUUAUAUCCUCCAUUCCCAUUAUUAGUUCCCAGAGAAUCAACCCAAGAUGUUGAAGUAAAGGGCUAUCACAUUGCUGCUGGAACCAUAGCUUUCAUUAAUGCAUGGGCAAUUGGAAGGGACCCUGCAUUGUGGGAAGAACCUGAGGAGUUUCGACCCGAGAGGUUCUUGAAUUCUUCUAUAGAUUUCAGAGGACAUGAUUUCCAACUGAUCCCAUUUGGAGCUGGAAGAAGGGGAUGCCCAGGAAUCACAUUUGCCAUGGCUACCAAUGAGCUUGUGUUGGCCAAUCUUGUGCACAAGUUUGAUUGGGCAUUGCCUGGUGAUGCAUGUGUGGAGGAUUUGAACAUGACCCAAUGUAUUGGUCUUACCGUCCAUAGAAAAGUUCCCCUCCUUGCUGUUGCAAGUACUCCUACGUAUAAGUCGGGGAAAUAA